UCCCUUACACCGGCUUUACUUCCGGCAACACAUUAACGUGGUUUAUUUUAGAACAGGAUAUAUUAAGGACACAACAUGACAACAAUGUUAUUCCGAUUCGGUGUCAUUCUCACUCCGGAUUCAACGAAUGUCGACCUGUUUAUUUUGGGUUCCCGUGAGGAAAUGGGCCAAUGGGACCCGGGAAAAGCGGUCCGGAUGAGAGCGAGUCGAAGUUCAGUUUCUACCCGGGAGCCGUGCCUCUGGAUCGGGGACGUGCUGCUGCAAGACCCCUAUAGAGACACACUGUGGUUCAAGUUCAUCAAAAGGACGGAGGGAGCGUAUAUUUGGGAAGGUAAUGGGCCCCACCAUGACAGAACAUGCAAUUACGACGAGCAGAACGUGGUGGAUGGUGUCUACUGCCACCCCAUAGGCCACUGGAUCGAGGAAGAGGGUCACACGGACGAGAUGAAGCACACCACCAACUUCUACUUGAGCGUGGCUGGUCAGAACGCCAUGCAUUUCUCCAGGGUGCUGCCUCGGCUUUGGUUGGGCAGCUGUCCUCGGUUGGCCGAACAUGUGACUAUCAAGAUGAAGCACGACCUCGGCAUCACGGCGGUGAUGAACUUCCAGACUGAAGGGGACGUGAUGAACAACUCACACGGCUGCAGGCGGAACCUUGGGGAUGCCAUGACCGUCGACACCAUGAUGCAUUUGUACAACGACUGCGGCCUUGUGUACGUGUGGAUGCCCACGCCCGACAUGAGCACUGAAGGUCGCGUCCGGAUGCUUCCCCAGGCUGUCUUCCUGCUUCACGGCCUCCUAGAGAACGGUCACACAGUCUACGUCCACUGUAACGCAGGAGUGGGCCGGUCCACGGCGGCUGUAUGCGGCCUGCUAAUGUAUGUGCUGGGCUGGAGCCUAAGGAAGGUACAGUACGUGGUUGCAUCCAGAAGGCCCGUGGUGUACAUCGAUGAGCAGGCUUUACUGCAGGCCCAAGCGGACUUUAAGCACAAAUUUGGACUGCUAAGAUCGUCUCUCUCUUAUGCAGAUACAUGAGGUUGGAGAGUCUAACUGGAGAGACUGCAAUCCAUUAGUGUGACUUUUCAGCUGUGUCUUAUCCGCAAAUCUAGGCAGUGGUCGGCUGACUUAAAGCGCGCAUGCUGCACUUAAUUAAUGCAACUUUUUCUUAGAUAAAACAUGCAUGGAGUUAGAAAGUCACUGUUGAAUUGGCAUUUGGAGAAACCUCUAAGAGUUCUGACCUACAUGGCUGACUGGGCUUGAUAUCACGUCCUUUUCCUGUCUGCUAUCAAAACUAUGUUUACGCCCAACAACUACAAUGGACUUUUUGACAGGACUAAAAUAUUUAUGAGUUUUUCUUUGUGACUUGCAUGCAAAAGGUUUCCAUAGGGAGUAUGGAAUGUUAGCAGUGAUGGGUGAGUCAUAUACAUGGAAAUACAGACUAUGCAUUGCAUUUGAAUAAACAUUACUCUAUAAAAUGUG